GACCAAUGAGUGAGACGCCUGUGUGUCGUGGGUAGCGCAUGCUUGCUUGCUUCCGUGAACAUGCCCAUAGAACUUUGGAAAAGGAAACUUUAGCGGAGCAGCACACAUGAAUCAUAACUAACUAGCUAAAUACAUUUAUAGAAUAGCGACAUAAAAUAAAAGCACCAUGGGUUUUAUGCUGUCUAAAUCUAUGGACCAGAACUUCAAGAAGCAGCAGGAGUUCAUGCUGCACAACGCACGGCUCCAGAUGGAGAGACAGAUCCUGAUGCAGAAUCAGAUGAGAGAGAGACAGAUGGCCAUGCAGAUAGCCUGGUCCAGGGAGUUCCUCAAAUACUACGGCACCUUCUUCAGCCUGGCCGCACUAGGCCUCACCAUCGGUGCCAUUAAGAAGAAGAAGCCUGUUCUCUUUGCCCCUGUCGUGCCUCUCAGUUUUGUCCUGGCCUAUCAGAUGGACAUGGGGUAUGGAACGCUAAUCUACCGAAUGAGGGGAGAGGCAGAGAGCAUCAUGGUCUCAGAACACGACCGAUUGGACCUUCCACACGGUGUGCCCAACUUCGAGAGCAUUGAGAAGGCAAGAAGAGCCAAGACCGCCCUCGGCUCCCUCUUUGAGAAAUGACACUGUCAUGAUGGGUGUGUUGUCCAGUGUCACACCCCUCUGAUCUCCACCCCUGGAAGUGAGUGAGUGAUCGGUCCCCAAGAUCAACGUUCAUCAGGUCUUCACAUGCUAUCGAAAUGAUCGGAAACUCUGUAAAUACAAGUACCUAGUUAGAUAUUUUAGCGUUUCUGAUCAUUCCGAUAGCACAUGAAUGCGAAAUUACACAGCCAGCCAUGCACAUAGGACACUUAUUGGGAUGACCUAGGAAUGACUGUUGUGAUCAAAAUCUGCCUUGUUUUAGAAUGAUCUACACCAGUGGUGUUCAGAUAUAUAGUUAAUGGAAAAGGGGUUUGUUUCAUUUUAGCCUUAGAAUUUGUGGCCACAUUAAAAUGGACUUCAAUUGCCUAAGAUGAAUGGUAAGCAGUCACUACUCAGCCCUGCACUACUGUCAAAAGUUGGUAAACGUUGUAUAAAAAAAAUGAAUUGCCAUUGUAAAAGAAGUCGACUGCUGAUGAUACUACUAAUAAAAUAUUAUUAUCUGUACGCAG